AUGGCGCAGUGGCAGUGCUUCCUCAGCUUCGCCGUCGUGGCGGUCUCCGCCGCGGCGUCCCUGGGCGCGAUCAUCCAGGUGAACAAGCUCCGUCGUCCACCGCGCGCGGACGACGGCUCCGCCGCUGCUUCGCCUCCGUGGAUGAGCUGCUGGAGCCGGGUGCCCCCGUCGUUUCUGCUGGCGUUCAGAGCCACGGCCGCCGUCGCGCUCGCCGCCGUGCUGGCGUGGGACCUGCGGACCUAUGAUCCCAGCAUCAUGAUGUACUACACCGAAUGGACACUGCUGCUAGAGAUCGCCUACUUCGCGGCUGCCACGCUGUGCUCCGCGUACGGAUGCCGGAUGAUGUACUACUACUCGUCACGAGACCGCGCGGAGGAUCCCGAGAGCACCGACGACAGAUUGCUCGGCCCCAGCGGUGGCGGUGGCGGUGGCGACGAGCCGAACCCAAGCGGUGAUGCUUGGAAGGGAGCUGGGCGACUGGGACUCCAGCUGAUGCAAAUUGGCUACCAGGUCAGUGCCGGCGCGGUUGUCCUGACGGAUGCGGUCUUCUGGGGCCUGAUAGUACCAUUCACGUUGUCAGCUCAUUUCAGUCUCAAUGCAGUGAUGGCCUGCAUACACUCUCUCAACUUUGUGUUCCUACUGACAGAGACUGCACUAAACACCUUGCCCUUCCCUUGGUUCAGAAUCGCAUACUUCGUUCCCUGGACGUGCCUGUACGUGAUCAUCCAGUGGAUCGCCCAUGUCUGUGGUAUGACAUGGUGGCCUUACCCUUUCCUCCGUCCUACAUCAUCCUUGGCACCACUGUGGUAUUUGGCCAUGGCAUCGCUUCAUUUCCCAUGCUACCUCGUUUACUGGCUGAUUGUUAAGGCAAAGAGCAGCUGCUUGAUCCACAUGCAGGUUGCAAAUAGGUCCUCACAGGUCUAA